AAGUGCUGAGGGGCUGCAUGGUUGGUAUUAAGUUCCAUUCGAAGAGAAUCAGUAGUAAUGGAGAUGGCGGCUUAAAGUCACCUACCUCGGCGAUGACACUGUCUGGUUGGCUCAAGGAAAAGUGUGCUGGCCUGAUGGGGCUUGCCUUUGGUCAAACGUCCUGUUCGAUGGAUAGGCAGAGGGCAGGUGGUAUGCCGGAGCUUCCUCAGAUGUCUCCUAUGAUGGACCAAAGUGACACGCUUGAAAGCUGUCGGCCCAAACAGCCCCCCAGAGACCCUUUGCUGCAGCUGGUCUCCCUGCAGAAGGCGUCUGGCUGCUGGUUGCUGGAUCCACAUCUGGCUGCUGCACUGGGGAAGACCAGCGAGGAGGUGGAGAAGCCCAAGCCUGCAUCGGUGAAGCAGGACGUGUGGGCCACCAUUCUGGCUCUGAUCUGGCUUCAUGGUUUCAAGAUGGAUGCUCAGGAGGAGUGGGAGCUUCUGGCUAUGAAGGCUGUGUCCUGGCUGCGAGCUCAGAAAGCAUCAUUGGUGACGGAGUGUGUGGAAGCAGGAAAUGCUCUGUUGGGUUGCAACGUGCAGAAAGACGCCGUGGGGCUCUGACGUGUUCAUUGAAGGAGCUUCUCCUGCAGGAUUGGUCCCCUCUGGUACAUCAAAGCAGAUUCACUCCAUCGUGUACUUAAAAUCAAUUAAUCCAUUUUAUGUCAACUAGUGUGUAGAACAACUUUAAAUUAAACUCAAUUUUGAAAAACAA